GCAGCGCCUGGACGCGUACGUGCUGGCGCGCCAGGUGCCCACGCUGCAGCGCGCCAAGUACCACCCACCAAGAUCGUCUUCUACUUCGACUAUCUAAGCCCGGAUCUGACGUGCGUGAACUACACGAUCGAGCGCUGGUUCCCCGUGGCGAACAUGUCACGGUACCUGCCUAUACGUGUAUACGACUACUACGCUCCAGAGCGAUUCAACGAGACGAUAUUCGACGCGCUACCGACUUACCUAUUGAACAUAUGCGAGGUAUGUGGAUCUUCGCAGUGUCCCUACUGUGCGAUAUACAACGCGGCAGUGGUAUACACUCUGCCUACCACCUUACUGCUGCUGUCGAUAGCCUGCGUCGUACGAACGCUAUACGGCUCUUAGUGCGAUAGUAGUGACAGUUCUGGCCUCAUUGACAUGUUUAUUAUCAGCCCUGUAUAAUGCCCACUGUUGGACUCGUGCCCAACAGUGGGGAUAAAUAUAAUUGUGACCAAACCACUUUCCCUUGGAUAUUGGUGCAAAAUAAUAAAUACACGUAACUUCAAUGUAUUUAAAAGCCACAGAACUGUCAAAAAUCCAUACGCUUUAAAAUUAUAAAUGUAAGUAAUGAAAUAUUACAAACUACCCUCAUAGUGAAACUAUACAUAUAAUUUGAGGAACAACAUUAUAAUUUAUAACAUGGUAAAAUGGUUUUAAUUGAUUAGGCAAGAAAUUAGGCACUUUUUAAUGGUUGAUUGACUGACUGACUCCAAUCUUUAUACUUGGUCUGAAGUUAGUCACAUAUUUUGUGACUGAUUCCAGGCUUCCAUGAAGAUUGUCGUCAGAUGAAUAAUCUAAGAUACAAAAAUUAUGCACAAAUUUUAUAGAAAAACGCAACAAAAUCUUUCUAAUGAUGUACAAAAUCGUUAUAAUGUUGUUCACCAAUAAUAUCAGCGAUAUAUCACAAUGACAUGACUUUUGUAAAUAAAAACUUUUUAUAUACUUCAUGCUGUUCAUAUGUAUAAUGCAUAAGUUGACGCAUUUGCUGACAAUUUAAUCCAUCAAUCAUUGCCAGAUUUCAGGUUUGACUUAUUUGAAAAAAUGUGAUGGGGUAUUUUAUUAAUUUUAAAAAUAAUGUUAUUUCGUUCAUAAAUAAAGAAGAUACAAGUGUUUUAAUCUGACAGGGUAAUAGUCAUCGUCAUGAAUGCAUCGAGUGACGUCAUAGCUAUUAUAGUGAAUGCGCGCGAAAGAGAAAGCGAGACGUUCUCACUCCGUGCCAAUGCUCUUUAAUAAAAGCAUGUGAUUAUGUUCAUUCAUUUUACCAUACAUUUUAUUAGAAAGGUCUUUGAUUUUUUGUUGGUAGAGUUAAACACCCCCUUAAAUUUGAAAUUCUGUCAUUGGUCAACUUAUGUUUAAUAUACAGUGGACAGUGAAUGAUCAUUUGUAGAAAUUAGGUAAUGUUUCUUUUGUAGAUUUUAUACUGAAUGUUGCACGAUUGAAUCGAUUCGAAAGAUCAUAAGAUUUGCAAUAUUUUUUUUUUAUUAUUUCAAAAAGAUCAAGUGAUCAUAAAAU